CCGGCCCACGCGACGGGUCUUUUUUCUAGCCCACCACCGCGGUGCUGAGUCCACCGGCCAGGUGUCGUUGGCUGCGGCGCUCUGCCCUUGUGCACGCCUCCGCGUCCCCGGCAGUGCAGGCGUUUGUUGGGACAUGGCGAACUCCGGCUGCGAGGACGGCACGGGCGAGGAGGAGGAGACUUUUCUAUACUUUGCCUAUGGCAGCAAUCUGCUCACGGAGAGGAUCCAUCUCCGUAACCCCUCGGCCGCGUUCUGCUGCGUGGCCCGCCUGCAGGAUUUUAAGCUUGACUUUGGCAAUUUCCAAGGCAAAACAAGUGAAAGGUGGCAUGGAGGUAUAGCUACCAUUUUUCAAAGUCCUGGCGAUGAAGUAUGGGGAGUAGUAUGGAAAAUGAACAAAAGCAAUUUAAAUUCUCUGGAUGAGCAAGAAGGGGUUAAACGUGGAAUAUAUGUUGUAAUAGAAAUUAAAGUUUCAACUCAAGAAGGGAAAGAAAUAAACUGUCGCAGUUACCUGAUGACAAAUUAUGAAAGUGCUCCUCCAUCAUCACAGUAUAAAAAGGUUAUUUGCUUGGGUGCAAAAGAAAAUGGUUUGCCACUGGAGUAUCAAGAGAAGUUAAAAGCAAUAGAACCAAAUGACUAUAAAGGAAAGGUCUCAGAGGAAAUAGAAGAAAUCAUCAAAAAGGGGGAAGCAAAACUCUCUAGAACAUAACAAUAUAUCUAAGGACAUUCCUUUUAUAAUACUGAUACAAAGUAUUUUUAAUGUUUGAGAACAGAACUCUGGGAUAUCUCCAUGUUUCAUCGAAUUUUUUAACAGUGCUGUGAAGAGGUAUCUCACUUGUGUGAUUCCUCAUUUUCAGACUAUAAAAAGAGUUAGACAAUUAAAAGGGGGCUCUAAGGUCUUGGAAUGCAAGAAUGAUGAAUGUGGAGUCUCCUUCUGUGGAUACCUACAGCUAUUUUCUUAAGUUGAUCUUCACUGUCUCUUGCUUUGUGGCAGAGGAUAAACUUGCAACCAGCCUGAUGAUAGUGCUGGGGAAUUUGGUGAAUUGCUCUGCUCCGUCUGGGUGGUUUUUCCUUUUUCUUUUUUAAAAUCAGGUUAAUAACAGCAAGCAAACUGCAGAGACAGUUGAUAAUAAAAUUUUGAAAAUUGGAAAGAUGGUGUACUGUUGUUAGAGGAAUAAAUGUAUAUGUAGUUUCACCUGUUUUCCCCAAUAAUGUUCUCCAUUUCAUUAUGUUGUUACACUCAGUCAUCACAUGUACUGGAGCUGGUAUUGACCAUGUGGAGUCCAUACCAAAGGGGUAUUGCAAACUCUGGAGCCAAACAGCUGGGAUCAGUGGUCAGUGCCACCCUUUCUAACUGUGAGACUCCAGCUUAUUUUAUUCUCUGUGUUUCAGUGCCCUCACCUAUACAGUAAGGGUAAUCAAAACACCUGUAGUUUAGGAUUGUUUUGAGGAUUACGUGAGUAAAUAUAUGUAAUAAGUUUAGGACAGAGCCUGGUACUUAACAAGUACUAGCAAUCAUUAUUGUUUUUAUUUGAAGAAUUCAGGGCCAUCCUUGGAACAUGGUUUCAAAGAAGAGUCAGAAUUGUGAACAGAAUAAUGUUUGGGAUAGGAGAGCUGCACUUUGAUCCUUAGCUUAUCAAGGAAUAUGACUUUAUAUUUCUUUACUGAACAAACAGAGAAAAGAAGAGUCAUAAAUAAAGCAGUACUGGAUCUCAGAAAAUCUCUCAUGCCCCUGUGGUAUAUGGUGAGCUGUAAGUGAACUGGUUGCAGGAGCAUGAGGUGAAAAUGUUUUGUUCUCUUGGGAGAAAGGCCUGAGGAGCUCACAGGCUUUUGCUGCCCUCCCAUAGUGAAGCUGAGCCACAGCACAGGCCACACCAUGUUUCACAGACAUCACACCCUGCUGUUUCCCUGUGUACGCCCUGUUCUCCAGUUUAACAAAGAACAUUUGUCAGUGACAAAGCAGUAAGUGAUGGUAGUGUAGUAGUCAAGGCUCACUACAAAGUGUUGAAUAUUACUCUGAUGAUCUUGCUCACUUACCUAAAACAACAACUUUCAUUAACGAAUUCAAAUGUUAACAAAACCUUUAUGUCUGGCCUUUUAACAAAGAUCUGGGAAUCCUGAGGUACACUGUUUUUCCAUUUGUCUUCAAGGUAGCACUACCAAGUAUCAUGUAACAUGUUUCCUAUUCUAUCAGUGAUUUGGGCCCUCUAACAGCAAUGCAGCUAGAUCAGGCAUAAGCUACAACAACCAUAGCUCUUGAAAAGCAUUUUUGGGAUUACAGGAGAAUCUUCUAAAUAUACCAGCCCCUCCCCCACAAAAACUAAGAAAGGAGAUUGAUGAAUGGUGAGCUGAAAGAGCAGGUAGUACUGGAGAGAAAUGACCCUGGUCUCCUGGGAUACAGAUGCCAAUAGAAGCCUUGGGAUUAAACUAUGAAUCUAGUUCAGUACUCCGGCCACAGGACAGCUACAGCGAACCUGAGAACUCUGUGAAGCCAGGAACUUUGGAGAGGACUAGCCUGGUCCCCACUGUAGCCCCAGUUGCUCCCAGGAGUGAAAGCAGAAAAACAAAUUUGAUUCCCAUGGUUUUAAGAUAUUAAAAUUAUUAAAGACAAAUUUAGCUAAGAAUGGUAGCAUUCACCUGUAGUCCCAGCACUUGGAGGCUGGGUUGGGAAGAUGGCUUCCAUGAGUUUAAGACCAGCCUGGACAGCAUAGUGAGACCUCAUCUAAAAUCAAACAACAACAAACAAGCAAAACAGUUCAAAAUAAGGAUGUCUGGAGACUUUAACCUCUGGGAAGAUGGAAUAAAUAUGCUUUCCUGUAUUCUGCUAAUUAAGUACAACUGAAAUCUCUGAACAUUACAUAUAUAAAAAACAAGAAGACAGAGAAGGCAGAGACCUAGCUAGGGGCCUCAGGACCCAAUGCACAGCACAGUGCUGAGUCCUCUAGGUUCCCUUUGCCUCGUGCGUCUGAGACUUGUCUGAAGAAAAGAGUACCCUGAACUCACUGAGCUCAAAAGGACCAGGAAAGGGACAACCUAGCAAGACAGAUUUUAGGAAAAAAUACUACUCCAGUUAUGCCAUAAAAAACAAAGUGGACCCACCUCCACCCAUGCCAGCAGAGGCCAAGAGAGCCUAGAUUUCACAUGCACCAGGCUAUAAUCAGGCACCCAGCCUCACUCUUACCCCAGGGUAGAAUCAGGAAAGGCCAGACAGGAGCCUCCUGGCAACAAACCUCAGUGUGUCAAUGGAAACCGCUAGGGGAGCCUGGACUUAAACCUCUCUGGCAUUACAGAGCCCUUACCUUCCCUAUGACAGUGGCUUCAGAGUAAGCCUGUAAAACAAGAUUCAAGUAAGAUCCAGAGACUCAAACCACUCCAGAACAUCCAAAUUUCAAUGGAAGAUCACUUAUCCUCCAACCAGGAAGAUCCCAAACUAGAUGGAAAAGAUAAUCCAUAGAUGCCAAAGCUGAGAUAAUGGGUAUGUGAGAAUUCUGACUACAAGGAACUUAUUUCAACUAUAAUUAUAUAAGCAGUGAAAGUAAAAUGAUGGGAAAAGACAUAUGAUGCAAACUUUAAUCAAAGGAUGUCUAUGUUAACAUCAGAUAAAGUGGGUUUCAGAGCAAAGAAAACUUAACAGAAAAGGGCCCAAUUACCAAAACCAAGAAAAGACAAAACAACAAAACCAACCUUACCAAGGACAAAAAGUGGUACAAACUCAGGUUACAGAUCUAGGAAACUUGUUUUGGGGCCAGUGGAAUUUAGGUUUAUCCCUUUCUGCCAACAAACUACAUGGAAUCAGUGUACCUUUCACUUGAAAAGAAGAGUUCGUGCAUCCAGAAUAUGAUGGCAAGUCACCUUGUACAACUUGACUCUAGAAAUUGCAAGAGCACAACAAAGUUGGAUCUUGAAUACCAUAUUCCACAGCUGCCUGUCUUAGAAAAAUCAGGUUCAUUUCUGAAUGCUCUGGAUUAUUUUAUAAAGAUGAAGCCCUGGAGAAAGAUUUGAGUAAUGAGAAAAGGAAAUUAAUUCUAAUGUUGUUUCCAUAUGUGAAGAUCUUAAGGAAGGGAGCAGCAAUAGAAGUAUCUUACAUGGAUGAUAGAUGGGUGCUUCGAAAAAGCCACUGGUAUUGAGAACUUUCUAAUACAGAGGAGCAGCUCCUGAAACAGGCUUACAGUGAUUGCAAACACUGCACAGAUAAAAUGUGUACUUAAAAUAAGCUGAGAAUUUAUACUUCUUGUAAUGAAAGAAUGACCUUUAUGCUCUGAAAGCUAGUUCUUUAUAGUAUAAUGAUAUAUAACUAUAUGUAAUUAUGUCACAUUUAUUAUUAUAUAUAUACACACACACAUAUAUGGUCAUGGUAGUGCACACCUGUUAUCCUACUACUCAGAAGGUGCCAGAGACAGGAGAGAAUCAAAGUCUGAGGCAGGCUGGGGCAAAAGCACUAGACCUUAUAUGAAAAACAAAAAACAAAAAAAUUAGGGGUGUGGCUUAAGUGGUAAGAGCACUUGCCUGCAAGCUCAAGGCCAAGCCCUGAGUUCUAUCCCCAGUACGACAAGGAAAAAAUAAAAAUUAUAUCUUAAACAAGGGAAAAUGCCUUGAAUUUUUUCCCUACAUUUAAAAAGGACUUUUAAACUGGCCAUUAAUAUGAAGUAUGUAACUUUGCUUUUG